AUGACGCAAUCUAAGUUGACGAAGAACAAGGACCAGGAACUCCGGGUUGACCUACAUAGUUUUAAUGGAGACGAAGCAUACGCUCAGCACUCCACGUUUUAUAUCGCGGACGAGGACACUAAAUACAAACUCACUGUGUCUGGGUUCUCAGGAACUGCAGGUGACAGUUUAAAGUAUCACAACGGUAGUAAAUUCACCACCAGGACAAUGACAGGGAUAGUAGUCGUAACAGUGCAACAGAAUAUCACGGAGCCUGGAAGUACAAGUCCUGUCACCACUCUAACCCAGACGGACUAUACGGAUAGACUGGUGAUUCUGGUAGUCAUUACACGAGAUGGUAUCACUGGAAAAGAAGUAAUUCAUCAAAACAGACUGUGAUGAUGAUCAGACACAAGAACUAAAAUUAAACUAAUGUAUUAUGAAACAUUAUUAAAUAAUCAGUUUUAUAAUGAUUAUAAAUAAAACAGUAUAAGCAAUAUUUUAGUAUAAUUUACUUAUCUCACUAAAUGAUGUACA